AUGACGGACGUGAGGUGGGUUGUUUUCUUUACCUUGCUUAGUCUGCUUGCUUCUUCUGUAACUGCAAGCGAUGAUCGUGGCAAGAACAAUACAAAGGGUAUAGGUUAUGAUGGAAGGUCAUUGAUCAUUAAUGGAAAAAGGGAGCUUCUCUUCUCCGGCUCUAUUCAUUACACCCGUAGCACCCCUGAUAUGUGGCCGGAGCUUAUUCAAAAGGCCAAACGUGGAGGCUUGAAUGUGAUUCAGACUUAUGUUUUCUGGAACAUUCAUGAGCCAGUAAAAGGCGAGUUUAAUUUUGAAGGACAAUAUGAUUUGGUAAAAUUCAUCAAGCUGAUUCAGGAUCAUAAAAUGUAUGCAACUCUCCGCGUGGGACCUUUCAUUCAAGCUGAAUGGAAUCAUGGUGGAUUGCCUUACUGGUUAAGAGAGGUCCCCAACAUUACAUUUCGGUCUGAUAACGAACCAUUCAAGUACCAUAUGAAAAAUUAUGUAACAAUGAUUAUCGACAAGAUGAAAGCCGAGAAGUUAUUCGCUUCGCAAGGAGGCCCCAUCAUCUUAUCACAAAUCGAAAAUGAGUACAACACGAUUCAGCUUGCAUUUAGAAAGUCGGGGGACAGCUACGUUCAAUGGGCAGGAAACUUAGCAUUGGAUUUGAACACUGGAGUCCCGUGGGUUAUGUGCAAGCAAGUUGAUGCUCCUGGUCCAGUGAUUAAUACUUGCAAUGGAAGGCACUGCGGAGAUACUUUUGUUGGCCCAAAUAAACCCGACAAGCCUUCUCUGUGGACUGAGAACUGGACUGCUCAGUUUAGAGUAUUUGGAGACCCACCAUCCCAAAGAGCAGCAGAAGAUAUUGCAUUCUCAACUGCUCGCUUCUUUUCGAAAAACGGAACACUAACUAAUUACUACAUGUACCAUGGUGGAACAAAUUUUGGUAGAACAAGUGCCCACUUUGUAACGACACGCUACUAUGAUGAGGCACCUCUUGAUGAAUUUGGUUUGCCUAGAGAACCCAAAUAUAGUCACCUGAGGGACUUACACAGGGCUUUAAACCUAGGGAAGAGGGCUCUCCUUUGGGGUACUCCUAGUGUUGAAAAAUUCAGCGAAGCUACAGAGUUUCGAGUCUAUGAGGGAAGCGGAUCAUGUGCAGCUUUCUUGGCGAACAAUGCUACUAAUAAGGCUCAGAAUGUUACAUUUAGAGGUAUUUCAUAUUACCUACCCCCGAAAUCGAUCAGCAUCCUCCCUGACUGCAAGACUGUGGUUUACAACACUCAAACGAUUGUAUCACAGCAUAAUGCCAGAACUUUCGUGAAAUCGGAGGUUGCAAACGAAAAGCUUGCCUCAAACUGGGAGAUGACCAAUGAAAUUAUUCCAAACUUUGACCAACUUCCAAACAAGGCCAAGAACCCAUUGGAGCUCUUUGGCCUGACAAAGGAUACAACAGAUUAUGCAUUUUACGCCACCAGCAUAAAUUUAGGAUGGCGUGACUUGCCAAUGAAACAAGACACUGCCCCAGUUCUGAUGGUUGCAAGUCUCGGCCAUUCUUUACUUGCAUUUGUAAAUGGCGAAUACGUCGGAUGUGGACAUGGGAGCCAUAUCGACAAGAGCUUCGUCUUCCAGAGGCCAAUAAACCUGAAACCUGGAGUCAACAGUAUCGUGAUCUUGGGUGGUUUAGUUGGAUUACCAGAUAGCGGAGUCUAUAUGGAGAAAAGAUUUGCCGGACCUCGCUCUGUGGAGAUUCUUGGUUUGAACACGGGAACUCUUGAUCUUACAAACAAUCACUGGGGCCAUCAGGUUGGUUUGGAAGGAGAGAGAAUUCGAGUUUACAGUGAGGAAGGAUUAAACAAGAUGAAGUGGAGAAAGCUUGAGGACAAAAGACCGGCUCUUUCAUGGUUCAAGACAACUUUUGAUGCUCCUGAAGGCGAUAAAUCUGUCGCCAUCAGGAUGAACACGAUGGGCAAAGGCAUGAUUUGGAUAAAUGGAAAGAGCAUUGGCCGCUACUGGGUGUCUUACUUGUCCCCUCUCGGCGAGCCUACUCAAUCCGAGUACCAUGUUCCAAGAUCCUUCUUGAAGCCAACAGACAAUCUGAUGGUUGUUCUUGAGGAGGAGGAAGGAGGGAAACCUGAAGAGAUCCAGAUUGAACUGGUGGAUAGAGAUACAAUUUGCAGUUAUAUAACAGACAUCCAUCCACCACCUGUGCAGGCUUGGGAACACAAGAACAAGCAGCUGCGGCCGAGGCUUGGUGCUCCAAAACCAGUGGCUGGCUUGCACUGUCCAACCCACAAAGUCAUCACCGAGGUCCAGUUCGCAAGCUAUGGCGACCCAACUGGUUUUUGCGGAGCCUACCUUGUCGGAAAUUGCACUGUUCCUGCUACCAAGGAAGUCGUAGAAAAGCAUUGCCUGGGAAAGAAUAGCUGUGAAGUACCAUAUGAGAAAGAGCUAUUGACCCAGAAGCAGGAUCCAUGUCCGGAUGUGACAAAGAAUCUAGCAAUCCAAGUGAAGUGCGAUUACAAGAAGUGA